CACUUGUCAAUCAUGCUCAAGCUCAUUUCUCGAUUCUCUUCCAAGAGCUCAAAGCAACUCAAACUUUCUCCGUUCUCCACCAUGGCCGCCCCAAAGCCCGCUCCGUACGACUUCAAGAUCGAGCCCAACACUGAUGCCCAGUUCCCCGCCGAAAAAGGCCGCUAUCACCUGUACGUCACAUACUCGUGUCCGUUUGCCUGCCGCGCACUUGCGGCCCGCAACUUGCUUGGUCUUGAGGACGUCAUCACUUUCUCUGUGGCGCACCCCAUCUUCCAAAAGACCAAGCCCAACGACCCCAAUGACGAGCACAAGGGCUGGGUCUUUGUGGACCCCGCGAAGUCCCCCACGAUGGUCGGUGCCAAUGGCGAAACGUACCCCACUGACGACUGCGUGCCGGACACGGUGAACCACGUGACGUUCGUGCGUGAUCUGUACGAAAAGGUGGACCCUGCGCCGCGUACGUUCUCAGUGCCUGUGCUGUGGGACAAGAAGCUGGGCACGAUCGUGUCGGAGGAGUCUACGGGUAUCCUCCGCACUUUGAACUCGGGUUUCCGUGACUUGGUGCCGUCCAACGUGCAUUUGUACCCCGAGGAGCUGCGUGCAGAGAUUGACGCUGCGAACGAUGGAAUUGUGGCUGAAAUUAGCAUGAAUUUCUUUAAGAAAAUGUUCGCACCGUCGCCUGAGGCUGCGGCUGAGUCGGCGACCAAGGCUUAUGAGGCGCUGGCUAAGUUGGACGAGCUGUUGGCCAAGAAGAGAUUCUUGGUGGGCAAGGGUGUCACGGAGGCCGAUGUGCGUCUGUUCCACACGCUCAUCCGACUGGACACGUACCAGCCGAAGACGGACAAACACCUGACGGACUACCACAACAUCGAAAACUACCUGCGCGAACUGUACCAGAUCCCUGGACUGAAGAGCACCGUGAACUGGAACCACGUCAAGAUCGGCAUGCUGAACAAGGCCCCCCAUGUUGCUGCAGAUGGUCCGUUUGUGGACUACGACGCCGCGCACGACCGAACCAAGCUUGAAUAAGCGCAAGUCGAGGCGCAACGCACAUGCAGUCUAACGUGUAAUCUGACACAGCUUCAAGCUUAAUACAAUUGAAUUUUUGGUCCUACC